GUAUGUUGGGUAAAACCAAAAACAAGAAAACACUAAAAACUAAGUGAUGGGGAAAUUGAAGAUUGGUGGGACAUGGAGUGGGGUGCUAGAGGCAGAGCUAGAUACAUGGAGUGUAGCCAUGUUGAGGGAAGAAGUGGCUAAGCGAUCAAACUGCAACCCUGACUCCAUCAAAUUGAUAUGUGGGGGCAGGAUUCUUAAGGAUGGUGAUGGUGAUAGUGAUGCCCAACAAAAUUUGACUCAAUUGGGUAUAAAGAACAACGCCAAGAUUCUUGCCACUCCUAUAUGUGCUGAACAAGGCAAAGCCAUCAAACAAGAGAUCAUGGCAGAGGAAGAACGCUCUCUCAGGCUUGCCAGGGUCAAGGCUGCUGCUACUGCACUGGCAGAAAGGCAUGCAGAUGGUUUAUUACCUGUUGAAAACUUCAAUAUAGAAGUUGAAGAUCAAAGUGGAAAGAAAGUAAAUUUAGGUUCCGAGACUGAUCAGAGGGCCAUAAUGAUGGGACUAAUGUUCGAUGCAAAUGGAAAGCGUCUUAUUCGACAAGGAAAAUACAAAGAUGCACUACAAGUCCUCACCAUGGGAGAGGAAGCAUUCUCUCUAUGUGAUCCUAAGGUCCUUGAGCUAAUUGACAACGUUCCAAUAUUGCAAAUAAACAUGGUGUGGUGCUACUUUAUGAUCCGAGACAUUAGUUGGUUAUCAGAGGCAGGAAGGCGUCUUGAAAUGGCUAGGACAGGAAUUGAACGGGCUCAUGGCAAGGAUUCUCUCCGCCUCAGACUUUUACUGGGUGGCCGCUAUCCAGAACUAGCACUGCAUUUGAGAUUGGAGCUGCUUGAAGGAGUGGUGGCCUAUCAUAGUGGUCGAUUGGACAAUUCAAGAGAAGCACUGACUUCUGCAAAAGCAAAAUUUGAACAGCUGCAAGUUUCGGAUGAAGCCUUAUCCUCUGUCAUGAGCAUGGGCUUUAAAGACCGUGACGCAACGAGAGCAUUACGAAUGAACAAUCAAGAUGUGGAGGGUGCCAUUGAUUUUCUUAUUGAGGAGGAGGAAAAGAAAGAGCAAAAACAGAACGAAGAUAUUCAGAGAAGAAAUGAAAUUAGGGAGCAAAAGCAGUAUGGGAUGACACCCUUAAAGAAAGCUGUGGAUCUGGAAAGAUUGAAAGAAUUGACCUCAUUUGGGUUUGAGAAGGAGCUUGCUGCAGAAGCUCUUAGAAGAAAUGAAAAUGAUUUUCAGAAAUCAUUGGAUGAUUUGACAAAUCCAGAAACCAAUUAUUCUUUACAGACUCGCAUCGAGUCAAGGAAAAGGAAGAGACAGAAACAAGCAACAGAUUCUGCAAUUGAAAGAUUUUUACGGAUGGGUUUUGAACUAUCAAGAGUAGUUGCUGCUUUUGAGGCCGGAGGCACCACAGAUGAAGUAAUGCAAAGGCUGAUUGCACAAUCUGAAGCAGAUCCUAACAUGCAACCUGCAGCUCCCUACAACGCAAAUUCAUCAUCUUCUUUACCACACAAUGUUAAUACUCAGGGCUUAAUUGGUGAUGUUCAAGGCCCAUCUCAUCCCAGUAAAGCAGAAGAGAGAGAUGUGCAAAUGGAAGAUGAGCUUUCUGCAGAUAUAACUGAAUCAGAUGCCUUGGCUGACUAUGACAUUGAAGUUAACAUAGAAGGGGAAGCUAUAACUGAGUACUUCUCUUUGUUGGAGUCUGCAACAAGCAACCUUCAGUAAUAAGAAAGUGAUUCUGUUGAAUAAUUAUCUAUUUAUAUAUGUAAUUA